AGAGAGAAAGACAGAGAGAAAGAGGGAGCGAUGCUAGAUAAGCAUAAGCGGGUGGCCAGCAGGGGGGUAGCAGCUUUGACGAGCUCCAGCUCAGAUUCGCGCGAGUGCAACUGCACUAGCACAUAACCACGGCAUUAUCUGACUGCAAUUCACGGGGCUCUCACGCCAAAAGGACCAGUACACCUGACCACGGCGACAUUGCAUUCGCCUACGUCAUUCACGCUAUACUUGUGUCAAGGUAGUGCGAACAGACUGGACAAAUCAGACCUGACACAUACGCAACACAGUCCAGCAGACCACACCGUACGAGACAACCAGCGAAGUAAAGAGGUUAGAGGACAGUUAUUAGACUACGAGGGUGGGAGUGUGCAGCAGCGUACGGGCCACGGACUACGGCUGGCGAGACAGACCCGGUCAAGAGUGUAAGGCAGAGACAGACCGAGAAAACAAUGUAGACACACACAAAAAGCCCAAAAGAGCAAUUGCGGGAGCACUAGCGAGUCUGCAUUAAUACGUAUGGAGGUGCAGUAGGUGCAUACUGCUUGUGAGUUGUGUGUCUUGCUGUGCGCGCGCUACUCGCGAUACUCGCGGUCAAUCACAAAGAAAGAGUAAAGCAAAGGGUUAUCCGUGAGCCAGGACCAGGGCCUGGACUCCUCUUCGUGGCACUUUUGCGUGAUCGAAUCCAGCUUCGCACUCGUGAGUUGUGUGCUGAUUCUUUGGACGCGAGGAGCGAGAGGUGUGCUGGUGUUACCGCGCGCGUCAACGAGAGAGAGAGGGAGAGAGAGAGAGGGAAAGCGUGCGCGAGAGGAGUGGUGCACCUCCGGUAUACUGCCGAGCAGACAGACGGAGUAAUCAGUGAUUCUCUCUUAACCUUCUGUCCUAGUUAUGACACCUGGCAGUCGUCCACCGAGCACACUUGCCUCCUGCUAGACUCACUGUAACAACGCUACGUUAUUCUACUGUUGCCACUGUGGGCACUGUUGCUGCGACUGCAACUUCUCUUAUCUACGUCUUCUUCCGUGGCGAUGGGCCGGCCAGUGUCAGUUAGAGUGUGACGAGCACAGAAUACACCCAGUCGUGCUGUUGUAUAGUACUGUGGCAGCGGCGGCUCGUACAACUCGUACGUGUAUAUAUUUAGUGUGCGUGUCUCAGCCGGGUUGCUGUUUUUUGUGCCUCGCUCUGUCAACCAUCAGGCUUCAAGCUGCAUCAAUCACGGAGCCACUCACGGGAGACACCGUCACCAAGCGCAGUCAUGGCAUCAUCCCAGAAGGGGAUACAGAUCGGCAACGCCUGGUUCCAGAAGAAAAUCAACCUCAGGCCUCAGCACAGAGGUGUGCAUCUGGUCACCGAGGAGAUACUCAGGCAAAUCCCUGAGCUCUGCCAGUUCUCAGUUGGCCUCUGUCAUGUGCAGAUUUUGCACACCUCUGCAAGCUUGGCACUGAACGAGAGCUGGGAUCCGGAUGUGAGGGACGAUAUGGAAAUGAUGCUGAACAAAAUAGUUCCUGAAGGACUACCAUACAGGCACAGCUGCGAAGGGCCAGACGACAUGCCGGCGCACGUGAAGGCCUGCUUUCUGGGCUCCUCGCUGUCCAUCCCCAUAACAGACGGCAAGUUGGCUCUGGGUACGUGGCAGGGUGUCUGGCUGUGCGAGCAUCGCGACCACGCAGGCAGCCGCAAGCUCGUGUUGACGUUGACCGGAUGCCUGAGGGACUCGACGCGCAGCCCUCUCAGCCCCGUCAGCCCAAUCGCCUCGACGAGCAGCUAGGACCACUCGCAUCCGCGACGGCGCGGCAAACGCUCGCUGCGCAAGUCCACCUCCAGCAACACCAGCUAGCAGCCGCCCACGCCCGGCAGCACGCCCGCCUCCAGAGCCCCAUCCGACCGCGGCUCGCAGGGCUAGCCGCGGUCACCCGGGGUGCGCUCUCUCGCCUCCUUUCGGCCUUGAGCCUCUGCCGCCGCCACCUUCGACUGACUCGACGCACCCCGCGGGCAGAGGGUCUGGCAUUCUUGCCUGCAACCGUCUUCUCUGUCGCGUCCCUUGGCUAGAUGUGCUUACACUCGCGUAACUUUAUUCGCCAAAGUCGCAAAACUGUCCGCGCAUCCUCCAGUUUCAUUUGAGCACCGCGUCCUCGUCCCACUAAGUGCUCACUUCGUUUCCUAUUGUUCCUUUUUUUAUGCUGAUCAUAAGCGCGGCUUUCUUGUGUUCCGGACAACUAACGCAUGAGAAUCUGCGCAGGCAAGAUAAAGUCUCGAUCCAUGAAUAUUAGUUCGAGUGAAGAAGUAGAGCUCGAUGAUAGAGAGCGAGAGAGGACUUGUACACACGUGUCUGGAUAACCUUUGGUUUUCCUCGCAUCGCGAAGAAAUAACAAAUGAUGUCGAGGAAAAACUUUGGUCAUCGUUUUGUCGAGAAACGAACCGUUAAAAAAGCUGCCAGAGCAGACCGUUUUGCUCGUAGUCUGCAUAAAUAUAAAUAUAGAUAUAUACGUAACAUGUACAUAUAUAUAUAUAUAUAUAUAUAUUUAUUUAUUUAUUUAUUUAUUUAUUUAUUUAUUAUGAGCUCCAUAGAGAGACUCU